AUCUUAUCUUUGGAUCACCCUGUAUUGAACGACCUCUAUCACAUCUAAACGAAUCUACAACGUUCGCUCUUGUUCCAGGUGCACUUCGGCGUGGACGAUGUCUCGCUGUACGGCACCCCGAAGGAAGAACCGGGGCCGACGCCCCUGGGUUCGGCAGAAGCCGGCAAGCAGAGCUUCAUCAAGAAUCAACUGCAGGCGCUCUUCCAACCGACGGACAACAAGCUGGCCAUGAAACUGUUCGGCUCGAAAAAGGCGCUCAUGAAGGAACGGAUCAGGCAGAAAGCGGCUGGUCAUUGGGUGAUACAUCCUUGUUCCAGUUUUCGCUUCGGUGAGACCAAAUAUGCAAAACGCCAAACGAUGAAUCCCGCUAUCGAUUCUGUCCACCUCAAUUUGCAAAGUGGAUGAAGAAGUAAAGACAGAC